AUGGCCCAGUCGCCUCCUCUGCAGAGCCUCCUCGGCCACGAGCACUGGAUCUUCCCUCAGGGCUGGGGCUGGGUCGGCCACUCGGAUUCCACGUCCCCGGCCUCCUCCUCCUCGGAUUCCUCGGGCUCAUGCCCCUGCGACCGCGCCCGCAGGCCCUCGCAGCCCGUGCCCGCAGCCCGCGGCGCCGCAGAGGCCGCCUCGACGGCGCCCAGCCGAGCGCGCAGCCGGCCGGCAGGCGGGCAGCGGCAGAGCGCCAGCGAGCGCGAGAAGCUGCGCAUGCGCACGCUCGCCCGCGCCCUCCACGAGCUGCGCCGCUUCCUGCCUCCGUCCGUGGCGCCCGCCGGCCAGAGCCUGACCAAGAUCGAGACGCUGCGCCUGGCCAUCCGCUACAUCGGACACCUGUCGGCCGUGCUGGGCCUCAGCGAGGACAGCCUGCAGCGCCGGCGCCGGCAGCGCAGUGUCGCGGCGCCCCCUCGGGGCUGCGCGCUGUGCCCCGACGGCGGCUCCGCGGAGGCGCAGAGGCAAGGCUGCUGCUCCGGCCCGGCCGCCGGUGCCGCGGUGUCCUGCGGGUCCCCGCCCGUCCGCCCCGAGGCCCUAGCGGCGCCCGAGCGCCUGGGGAGCAGGGUCCCCGACAUGGGACCCUGGCUGACACCCCCUUACUGCCCUGGGAUGCAGUCGCCCCCGCAGCUCUCUCAAGGAAGAGCCCCUGAUGCGGCCCUUUGGACGCCGCCUCAAGCCUGUUGUGGAACGCAGACACCCCCAGAGCCCCGGAACCAGCCCACGCCCUGGACAUCGCCCCCCGCGUCUCUGGAGCUGGCUGCAGUGUACCAGGUGCGCGCCCAGGCUCUCGCCACUUCCCUCGGAGUGGUCCCCAGGCUUCGAUUGGAAACGGAGGGGGGUAUCUCUGUGUCUCCGGAGUCCUGUCUGUUGCCAGAAACCCCUCCUCCCUUGCCCCGCCCUGCCUGCCAGCGACUCCAGCCUCAGACCCAGUGGGGAUGCUGGAGCCACCCUCCAGAGGUGCUGCCCAACUCGGAGGACCAGGGACCAGGCCCUACCUUCCAGCUCAGUGAGGAAAGCCUUCCCCAGAACUCAGGCCUUCCGCUCAGCGGCUGCCCUGAAUUUUGGCAAGAAGAUUUGGCGGGGACUCACCUGGGCAUGUUCUACUAAUGGCCUUGCCUGCCAAUAUUAAAGGCCACCCCCCUUUUCAGCCAGGAAUCAGGCCUGUAGUGUAGGCUGCCCACAUCAUUGGCUACUUCAGUAGUAUUCAGGCUUUCUUUUAUCAAGGAUCCCUUUUCCAAGUGAUGUCUUUCAUAGA